UUGCUCGAUUUCAGUGUGAAGCGAGAAAAGUGAGUGAAUGUCUCGCUCGUAAAUACUGCCUCUGCCAGGUCUGGUAUGUUGCCAUAGCUACGCUAGUAGUUUCUUGUAAACGGGUUUGGUUUAGUCUCGUUUUAAAAAGUUGAAUACGUGGUGUAGAUAUAAUUCCACUUAUGGAAAAUUGAAUUAAAUUAAAUGAUAUCGUUUAGAUAGUUUAAUUUUGACAAUAGACACAAUCAGUCAGUCGCAGUUAGUGCGUGUAACUUUGAGUGCAAACUUAACAUACCAGGCGAGUUGUGGAGUACAUCAUCGACAGAGCAGAGCAGAGCAAAGCAGAAGAGAAUGGCGGCUGCGGAAUUAUUUUGCGAUCUGAUUGCCAGUCACAGUGGACGCGAUAAGGUUAUGAAAGUGUUGUGUUACACUGCUAAAGUACUAUCCACUCCCAAUUCAACAAUUAAAACGGAGAAUGCCAAGAAAUUCUACAUCUUCAGCUCGAGAGUAUCGCAAGCUAGGGCGACUCUGCGUCUCAUCGAUGACUUGCCUGCCAUCCUCUAUGCCCUCAAAUACGGAUUGGGCCGACAGGAGAAAACUCGAUUCGACGCAGUUCUCGGUGUGCUGACUAAUAUCGUUGACAUUUUAUUUUUUCCCGUCGACAAGAUUUGCUGGCUGUCAGAUCAUAACAUUUUGCAGUUGGACAAAGAGAAGAAGAGCAAAUGGGACGUCAUCAAUUCGGUGUUCUGGAGUUUGUCGGUGUUCCUGAACCUGUCAAGAGUAUUGCGUGACUAUCAUGACAAGCACAUUGUUACUCCUCGUCUCAUAUUAGACGAUGGUGGUGAGAAGACAUCGAUAUCAUCCAAGGACCAGUAUGAACAACAACGUGUCAUGGAUUCGAUUACUGUUGUGCGAAUGAGCUUGGAUUUGGUACACGCCGUCAGCUCUCUGCCUAAAGGCUGUCUGUGGGGAGGCGAAAUCAAGAGUUGGAAAGUGGGUGUCAUUGGCUCUCUGUCUGGGAUUUUGGGCAUUUAUCAGUAUGUUGUUAAAAUUAAGAAAUCCAAAAAGCAUUAAGUAUUUUUCCUUUGUUUAUUGUUAUAGUGUCAUUUUAUUUUAAUAAAUUUAAUAAAAAAAGAAACAAAUCAA